UUUGUGGAGAAACAGCGGUGGUGCCGCCUUCACUGACAUACUAACCCACAACAGAGCUCGGAACCCGCGGACCGAACCAGACGCCGAGCCCUUGCACACACGGACCGUCCGCAGAGAAGAUGAUGUGGACCGUUGUGAUCCUGCUGGCUGCUGCUCUACAUGUGGAAUCUUAUGGGAUGCACGGUCAGGAGCGUUUAUUCCACGGUCGCCAGCUGAAGAUCUACUUGAACAAGAACUGUGAUAAGCUGGAGUUCAUCCCAGCGGAUGAUCCCUACAACUCCAUCCUGUACUGGGACCGACUCAUGGGCAGGGCGAGGAAGGGUCGCGUGUCGGGCACGGGCUCUGACCGACGAUGGUUCAUCGACAAGGUGACUUAUGAGGACCAGGGGACAUACGUUCAGAGAGACUUCUGGAAUAAAGAGGUCUCCACUAUCAAAGUGGCUGUGACGACCAGACUGAACUUUGAGAAGUGCGUCGCAGGAGAGAGUCUCUACAUCCCACUUGAGGGCCUCGACCUGGCCGACGCUGAACUCAUCUUCACCGGACAGAGCGCCAACGUGACGCUGGUGCAUGAUGGUGCUCCAGUAGGCCAAAACCUCCCAGAUUACUGGAACCGGGUUGAGACCCACAGUCUGAGGCUGGAGAUCAAAUCCGUGAACACCACCGAUGAGGGACGUUACUUACUGAAAGACAGGAAGGGCCGGGAGGUGUCUAUAACCAAGAUGGACCUGACGGACCAUCAUGAGACCACAGACGGGAACCCGCUCAUGGCUCUGCUCUUACUGCUGGGCAUCCCGGCCGGAAUCUGCUGCUGCUGUCGCAAGAAGAUCUUCAAGAAGAAGGCCACCACUGCCGCGACGCUUCAGACGACACCAGACGCCGUCCAUCCUCCUCCCAGUGGCCCCGUCGGACCCUCGCCUCCGUACAGCGCUCCAGGACAACCGGGAACGGUUUACUACCACGGACCCAGUCCUGGCAUGGGUCCUGCGGGCCACCCUCCACCUGCCGGCCCUGGACAAUGGAACGGUCCUCCACCAUCCCCAGGAUAUAACCCUGGCUACCCUCCCACCAACCCCGGGUACCCUUCCACCAACCCCGGGUACCCUUCCACCAACCCCGGCUACCCUCCCACCAAUCCCGGCUACCCUACUGCAGGCCCCGGCAUGGGCGUCCCUGCCCAGCCCCCACACUGGAACGCUCCACCAGGCCAGUACCCUCCAGGACCUGGAGCUCCAAUGGGCUAUGCUCCAGUCAUGUACAGCGCGCCUCCUCCAGCAGCCAGUGAACCUGUGAAAGAGGAGCUCAAGUUGGACAACAGCGCCUCCUCUCCGGCCGACCCCCUGCUGACUGUCACAUCACAGGGAGACGCCGUGUCCUCACCUGUUCCUGCAGUUCCUCCCACCACCACCACACUGUCCUCUGACGGGGCCUACAAGUUCGACGUAGGGGACAACUCGUCCAACUUCCUGUAGGGGUCGCCGUCUCUUCAGGCGCCUCCCUUCCUCUGACCUCACGGAGCCGCUCUGUCGUCCAUCCCUCGGUCAGAGCCUUUUAUUAAGUCAGGGAUGUUUUUCUUUGCCUCGUCGCCUCGUGGUCCGACAUCUAGAGUUUCACUUCCUGUUUCCGGAUCAAAUUUCUUGAGGCGACGAGUCAAAGGAAGAGUUUUUAAAUGUUAGCAUGUGAAGUAGAAAAGUGUAAUGUCAACAUUCGGUGAGUUUGUGUACACUUCACCGAGUGUUGAGCGACGUCACAAAGACACAAUUGUCUUUUUCACUUGUGUUCAAUACGUUUGUUUUUCUUUUCUUUUUUUCCUCUAUAUCCGAUAUCUAUGUGAUGUUAUGUGUCAAGGAACGGAUCUGGAACAACAUGAGAUUCAUUCAGAAGUCGGAUUCUGGUUAGAAAACCACUCAGAUAACAAGCAUAAAAACACGUCUUGGAUCAGAAUAAACACCGACCUCGUAUGUUGUGCUGCGUUCUCACCAAAUGCGAACUUUUCCCGUCGGUAUACGUCGCCCACAUGGCCGAGGAAAGUCGUCCGAGCCUUGAACCAGCCGACACCGCGACUCCACUGUGAGCGCCAUCGUUCUCUUGAUGGCGAAGUGGGAUACUACAUGUUGUGCUCCAUUUGUAGUCGGAAGCCGGAAAAUUCGCCUUGGACUUCAGACUCAGACUUGGAUUCUAAAAUGGCUGCCAUCGCACAUGCACUGUUACUUACUGACCUCGGGGGGAGGGGGGAGGGGGGAGGGGCGCACCAGUAACCCAGCAGAAGUGACACAGCGGCCCCACAAACACAGAUCAUCUUCUCUGGGUUACUAAAAAACGGAGUUCUACACAGAGACCAAACCGUCGUGAAUGUAGCGACUCAUUUACAGCCAUAUUUAUAACGACUAAUCUCAGAAUUUCCAGAUCCAUCUGUGGGCCGCUACCCAGUCUUUGGGAAACACUGCUCUACGAUAUCACAAACCGGUCAAAUCUGACAACGUCGGACGAUAGAGUUGGAGGUGAUGCUGUGGUGCAGAUUAGGAACAAACUAAUCCCAGUCCGGCUGACGUAGAACACAGAACCGGGUUUUGGGUCCAGCGGUGCCUCUCAGUUCUUCAGAUGCAUCAAACGAUAACUACCUCACUUUGUUUAGAUCCAAAACCUCGUCACAUGUCGACACACAUUCUCACGUAGAGCUCCGGCGGCCAACGGCGUGUUGGCAGGAAGUGUCUGUGGGACAGAAUCUAGAGACGUUAGCUUCCCCGUCGCCAGUGAAGGGGAAACUCCAUGACGUCAUCGCAGACAACAACGCUAACGCUAACAACGCUUUUCCAAUGUACAGUUCAAGCACGGCUCGGCUCGGCUCCGUUUGGUAACAAUGAUCUAAAAAUGUUGACAUUUGGAAGUAGAUUUUUAAGUCUUUUUAACUUUGAUCUACAGUCGGACGUCGUUGCUUUGACGUCGUGCUCAUGACUCUUCAGUGACGACACUCUCUGACCGAUCAGUGGUCGGGAGUCUGGAAAAGUAAAAGAACCGAGUCGAGUCGAGUCGAGCUGGGACUGUAUCACAGAAAAAGCGUCACAAUUAACCCAAACAUCAAGUUUAAUUUACGAUCUCUGCAGUAGACGUGCUAACACUGCCACCGGGGGGCAGUAUAACGACGUGAUGAAUUUGUGCGUCGGCGUCAAAGUGAAAUCACGUCCUCUCUCUCUUUCUGUGUGAUGACGCUCGUGUUUGUAGUAAAAAAACAGCUAAACCAGGAGAAACACAGCUCUGACUGCCUUUCACUGUGCCAUCCUGCCUUUUCUUAAACACAUCACGACUCCUCGUCCACCGCAGCCUUCGACACCCGUGUGCCGUCACUCAGCGUUACGGUUACAGCGAGACAAUGUAGCUUUUAGUCCAAAUAAUAGGAACACCUAGAAAAUAAAAAUCACGUUCAGCAGCGACGGUGACUGUGUUUCCUCCUCUGUCUUUGAAUAGAUUUGUUUUUUUACAUAAAGAACAAAAUAUGUUUUUUUUUUGUUUGUUUUUUUAAACAAAAAUUCCGUUUGUCCUUGACCUGAGUUUUUUCUGGAGCAACAAACUGUUUACAUUAGUGUGUGUGUGUACUUUUAUCAUUGUAAAGGAGCUGAAUGUCCGUACUGACAUUGAUCAUGAUCAGAAUACGUUCUCUUUGUGUCAAUAAAGCAUCGUAGAUUUCACACUCUAAUAAUAACAAAACCCAUGCCAGUCCAAGUCUACCAUGUAUUAUAAAUAUGUUUGACUGGAAAUGAAGGUUUGUGUCACUUUGUGAACAGCAGCCAUUGUAACGUGCCGACACACAGGAGUCGUUGCUCCACUUCUGCCUCACACGUGUCUGGAUUUAAGUGACACAAUCUCACCACACGGGGCAGCAGCGGAGCAGCAGCAGCACCUGUGUGUGUGUGAUGACGUCAAACAAGCUCCCUCACAAAGAUAGAAGUACGAGUGUGUGUGUGUGUGUUAUUGACUGACUGUAGUUGUAGUCGCUCGCUGCUCAGAGACGAGACUGAAACAGACGUUUUAUUGUCAUUCUUCUUUGUUGUGUGUGUGCAACAAAACAUCCAUGUGUGAAUAAAGUGACAUCCUGAUGAUCCA